UAGCAGACAGUGUUCUCUGAGCUGUCGUUCAAGUAGGUUUUGUGUCGAAUAUUCUGGUGCUUGGUCGCCACCCCCAUCACGCCCCUCUUUAAAAAUCGCCCGUGCGCCCAGUCCAUGCCUUAAGCCAUGGCUAGCGCCAAGUCCGGCGUGCAUGUUCUGAAGCUGAAACACAUCAGCGUCCCACAACAGCUACAGGAUGGCGACAAAUUCGUCAAAUGGGAUGAGGACAGUUCCUCCGGGAUGCCCGUUACCCUGAAGGUCGACCCACAGGGCUUCUACCUUCACUGGAGACACACCAGCGAUACCAAUGCUGAGGUUGAAAUUCUGGACAUCUCUACCAUCAGAGACACGAGGAAGGACAAAUAUGCGAAGGUGCCAAAGAGCGGCCAAGAUAAAAUGGACGUCACGAAGUACCUUUUUAUGGACCCUAAGAUGACGCUGAAAGGUGGGACCUCCGACCACUUGGAGCAGAAGAGCUUCACCGUCGUCCACGGUCCGAACUUCGUUGACGUCUCCUGCUGCAACUUCGUCGCCCAGAGGCCGGAAACAGCUAAGCUGUGGGCAGACGAAAUACUGAAGAUGGCGUACAACCUCUUGGCCAUUAAUUCAUCCCCCUAUAUUUUCCUCAAGAAGUGCUAUACAAAGCUAGAACUGACUGCUGACAGGCAAAAUAAAGUUGCAGUUAAGAACAUUGUGAAGGCUUUUGCACGUCAUGGUGAUGACAAAAAGAGAGUGGAGAGUGCUCUUGAAACUGUAGGUCUUCCCUCAGGAAAAAAUGACGGUGUUCCCCUUGAAAAAUUUACUUGGGAUGCCUUCGUCAACUUCUACCACACCCUUACUAACAGAGUCGAGGUGGAGAAGGUCUUCUGUGAAUUAACGGAACAACCCUACAACGCCAAUAAAAAAAGUGGAAACAAGCCUCGUGGAAUGACAGUAGAACAGCUGGUCAGGUUCCUGAAUGAAGAACAAAGGGAUCCUCGACUCAAUGAAAUUUUGUACCCUUAUGCAGAUGCAGCCAAAGCUAAAGAAGUGAUCAGGGACUACGAAAUACACAAGGAGAAUAUUGCCAAAAAUGUGCUGGGCUGUGAAGGCUUUCUGAGGUACCUGAUGUCAGAUGAAAACGUUGUAAUGUCCCUAGAAAAGUUGGAUCAGUAUGCUGAUAUGGACCAGCCACUUUCACAUUACUUCAUAAAUUCUUCCCAUAACACUUAUCUUAUAGGUCAUCAGCUAACCGGGAGGUCAAGUGUGGAAAUGUAUCGACAGUGCCUCCUUUCGGGUUGUCGUUGUGUUGAGUUAGAUUUUUGGAAUGGUCGAACAGAGGAGCCUGUAAUUGUCCAUGGAUAUACUUUAGUUCCAGAAAUUAGUGCAAAGGAAGUAAUAGAGUGUAUUGCAGAGUCAGCUUUCAAAACGUCAGAAUGGCCUGUGAUUUUGUCUUUUGAAAACCACUGUAAUCCACGACAGCAAGCCAAGAUUGCCAGCUAUUGCCGGGAGUUUUUUGGUGACAUGUUGUUAGAUUCUCCACUGGACAUGUAUCCUCUUGAGUCAGGAGCACCUCUUCCCCCACCAUCUGCUCUGAGAAGAAAGAUUAUAAUUAAAAACAAGAAAAAACACAGAACUCACCAUCAUCAUCAUAAAAAGCCCACUCAAGGAGAAUCCCAGUUUCACGUUGACCUUGGUCAUAGCGGGGAUGCACGUCCUGCUGAGAUGCAAGGCAAUGGGGAAAUUCCAAGGCCGCCUUUGGAAAAAGAAGGUUCCAGGGAGUCGUCAGAAGAGGAAAAUGAAGUUGCAAACGUCAUUUCUAAACCAGCCUUCCCCCAUCUAGUGGCGAGGCAGAUAGGAGAAAUACCUGAUGGAGGACCAGAUGAAGAUGUUAGCUCCAGCUCAGAUGAAGAAGAUGGUCCUUUAACACCAGAGGAACAUCGUCGAGAACAUCCAACUACAACAGGUGCAGAGGCAGAAGAGGAGGCAGGAGCUGAGAUAUCUGCUCUAGUCAACUACGUACAACCUGUUCACUUCCAUUCAUUUGAGAACUCGGAAAAACGAAACCGGGGAUACGAGAUGUCUUCAUUUGUGGAAACACAUGCCAGCAAUUUACUGAAAGAAAGCCCAAUGGAGUUCGUCAAUUAUAACAAAAGGCAGUUGGCUAGAGUUUAUCCUCGAGGAACUAGAGUUGAUUCUUCAAACUUCUUGCCACAUCAGUUCUGGAAUGCUGGGUGCCAGCUAGUGGCACUCAACUACCAGACUUUAGAUCUGGCAAUGCAACUAAAUCUAGGUAUCUUCGAGUACAAUAACAGAUCAGGCUAUCUUUUGAAGCCAGAUUUCAUGAGAAGACCGGAUAGAAAAUUUGAUCCAUUCGCAGAAUCGACUGUGGAUGGUAUCAUAGCUGGCACAGUUUCUGUUAGGGUAAUUUCAGGCCAGUUUCUAUCAGAUAAGCGUGCUGGGUGUUACGUAGAGGUGGAAAUGUAUGGUCUUCCAGCAGAUACUGUACGUAAACGUUUUCGAACUAAAACUGUCCCUAACAAUUGUUUGAAUCCUGUUUGGGAUGAAGAGCCAUUCGUUUUUAAAAAGGUGGUAUUACCUGAAUUAGCAACAAUAAGAAUCGUAGCAUAUGAAGAAGGAGGUAGAGCAUCCCUGGGUAAUCGUGUUCUUCCAAUUGUUGGCCUUAGACCUGGAUAUAAACACAUAACGCUAAGAAAUGAAGCCGGGCAGCCAUUGGGUCUUUCAACCCUGUUUGUUCAUGUAAAGGUUGGUGAUUAUGUGCCACAUGGCCUAAGCGACUUUGCUGAAGCCCUUGUCAACCCUAUCAAGUACCAGAGUGAACAAGAAAAGAGAGCACAACAGUUAGCCAUCUUCCAGGACGAUGAAGAGACAGAUCAGGAUGGCACUGAAGGUGAAGCACCUCAUACACCAGUAAGGAAGAUAGAAUCUAGUGCUGGUCAUGGCAGUGGGGGAGGAGGACCCCCAGCAGGUGGAGAAGAUGGAUCAAGCAAAGCUGCUAAGGUUAGGUAUAAUGGAGAAGUUCCUGACACUACAACGACAACAAGUGAAAGUACACCUGUCGGGACACGUCGACAGAACUCUAUCUCAACCAAGGCUCACUUAAACACUAAGACAAGUGAGGACAGACCUGAGAGGGAAAAGGAAUCUUCUCAUCAUUUCUUAGAAACUAGUAAACACGUUAUAGAAGCAGAAAGUUUAGAAAAACUAUGGAAUUACAAGACCGUUAAAGAGAAAAAAGUCGAAUUAGAAAAGAACUUAGAGAAGCUAAGAAAAAAGUUUGAGAAGGAGCAGCAAAACCUUGUUCAACAGCAUGAAAAGAGAAGAUCUCAGUUGCAAAAGUCGUAUUCGAAACUUGUUAAAAAAAUCUCGACCAAGGGAAUCUCAUCUUCUUUAGAGAAACCUUUCCAUCACUCAAUGUUCUCAAUCCCAGCUCCCAAGCCAAGAGAAACUGGAAUGUUUUCAUGUCUGCUAAGAAAUUGGACACUUCGUGGAAGAGAACCAUCAGGGCCCGUUAAAAAGGAGGGCUCACAGGAAUUAAGUACAAUGCAAGAAGAGCUUGAAGAAAAGUUACAAGAACUAGACAAAGCUCAUCAGGCAAGUCUCAAUGAACUGAUGCAGUCACAGUUAAUUGGAGAAAAAAAACUUCAGGAAAAAUAUCAUGAACCUAUUUUUACUGCUUUGGAUAAAGCUAUGCGAAUGUCCCAAGCAGCGCAACUAAAAACUUUACAAGCCUUACACGAUAAACAGGUAGAAGAUAUAAAACGAAGAGCUGAGGAGCAGCACAGAGAAAAAAGAAAGGGCUUGGGAAAGACGACAAGUGAUAAAGAAGAAUUAAGUAGGAAGAAGAGGGAAAUUAGUAAACAAAUUGUUGCAGAGGGCAUUCAAGAAAGGCAAAAGUUAACAGAUGUUCACGACAAGAAAAGGACAGAAUUAGAGAAGCAACAUGAAGAGGUUCGCAAUCAAUAUGAAGAGGAGAAACGAAGGGCAAGGGACAGUAUAGAGUCCGAUUAUGAAGAGAGAUUGACAAAGUUAGAAAAUGUGUCCUCAUAACUUGUAACGUAUGAUGCAAAUUGAUGCUACAGAUACCAGUAUUAAUGAGAGAACACAUAGUCCUACGUUCCUGAAUAGCUAACCUCUUUAUUUAUAUGGAUGCUAGUGAAUGUGAUGUAUAACUCACCGCCAGGUCAUGGAUACUCCCGUUUUAAUAAUAAGAUUUGAGUGCAACUUGAGAUCACCAUUAACUUUGUUUUGUAAUGUUUAUUACAAUUGGCAUCUUUGUAAAUAAAGAGAUUAAAUAUGUGUGGGUCGUUCAAUACUAGUCACUGUGUAGAGAAAAUCACUGCAGUAGUGCUACCCAGAAGCCACAAUCUGUGUUUAGGAUGCAUGUUUUUGUGGCUUGAUUAUGUACAGAUUAAUUUAAUUAAGAUUUUUAUAUUUGCUGUAAAAUAGGAGAUGACAUUAGAGGCUGAAAAGAAAAAUAAAUUUUGUUGUUACUUGUUUAUGAGUGGAAUGAAAGUUAUAAUGAAGGCCAUAAUAUAUGGAUCAUGGCUUUAAACAAAUAAUUGAAAUGCUGAAAAAUGGAGGAUGCCUUUGCCAUAUGCCAUCUAAACUUAAAUCAGUAACAGAAGAAUAAGAUUUUAUGUUAUUAGUAAGAAUAUUUUAUCUGUUUUUUGUUGAUCAGCAAAAGUUAGGAAAGGUUUUAUUUUUUACAAUGAUGUACUUAUCUCAUUGUAGCCAUAUAAGGUUAUUUGGAUUUUCAGAUAAAUAGUUUUACUAUAUAUUAUAUAUAAACCAGCAAAAUUUCAUUUCAUUUCAUGAAAUUUUAAUGGCAUUUAUUAUUGAGUCUUUUUUAAUGAAGCCUUCAGAGGUAUCAAGAAAAUUUUUAUAAACUACAUUCAGUUAAAACUCAUAAAAUCAUCCUUAGUUAAAUAAAUUGAUAAAUUAUUUAUUUGUAAUUAGUAUCAUGAGGGUAGGUUGCCUUAUGCUAGUCUUGAAAUUGUUUCUUUAGUUGCUGGUAUGAUUACAAAUUCAUAGUAAGAACAAAUACCUUUUGAAAAUAUUUCAAGCUACUAACAUUUGUAUAUUAUAUCAUAAUUAUUAUUAAUAUUAUUAGUUACUUUUAUCAGAUUAUUGUUCUCAUUGAAGACUAUGAAAACAUUUACAUUCUUAAAAGAUGAGGACAAAAUAAAACCACUUUCUUGUGGGUUAAUACAUAGUAAACCGAGAGUUACCACACAAGCAAAGGGUCUUAGUCUAUCCUUGUUCUUUGCAUUCUCACAAAUCACCAAGUCACAUUUAUGUUUAAUUUUAUCCCUUUCUUCACUCUUUCUUUUCUAUAGUCAAAGUAAAAGGGCUCAUCAAGGGUUUUAAAGUGGAUCAGAGCUUUGAACUGGAGGGAAAUUUUGUAUUUAUACAUUUUUCAGAAUGUGGGGAUAAUUCUUAAUUAUGCUUUUAAAUAAAACCUUGAUAUUUCCUUUAAUCCCAAAAUCUUUUUGAAAUUCCAUGAGUAUUAGGAAUAAAACUAUUCUUCAAUUGUUCAUGCUGCUGUAAACAGGCAAUUGCACAAAAUUGUCUAAUUGUAAAAUAUUGUUUCUUCACAAAUUAUGGAAAAUUUCUAUUUAUUUUCAACUUUUUACUUCAUUAUAGUCCUAAUCUAAAAUAUAGAAUAACAUUUUAGAUUUUGUUUAUGAUAAAAAGCUAUUAGGGCUUUUCUAAACGGGUAACAUAGACAGACAUUAAUGCCAUAAAUCAUAUUCUAAGGAUUCAAGAUAAAAUGAAUUCAGUUCCAGUACUUACUCAUCUUAAAAUUGCCAAAAAAUUUUCUUAUAAAAUUCCUUCAAAUGCUGUGAAAGAUAAUUCUGAUCCGGACAUACACAAACUUCCAAUGUGAUGGUAGAGCUAUAGCAAUUAAUGAAAUCAUAGGGAUUCAACAUGAAUUUUUGGGUGGUACCUAAUCAGUUUGUUUUAAUUAUGUUGCUGUUGUUAUUAAAACCCUUUUACUAUAUGUGUCUUUCUCAAAGAAAGAAAACAAUAACAAAUCUGGAAAUAUUAUGUACUAAAUAGUAUAAUUAGUCAUGUCAAAAAAUUGUUGCAGAACCUCCGUGAUGAACAGGUAUACCUGUUUCAUAACUUUCAAAGAACUAUUGUCUUUAAAGGAUGUAUUUGCUAAGCAAGCAAUUUGUUCAGAAUUUUUUACGAACUCCCAAAAACAGUGUAAUUAUUCAUAAUUCAUACAUUAAUAAUCUUAUACUUCGAAAGAUUAUCAUUCUCUGGGAGACUGGAGUAAUAUUUUAACAUUUUAUGGUUUUUUUAGGGUAAAGUUUUAAAAUGUUUCCAUGAUUUAGAAGAAAAAGUACAAAUCUCAGCUUCCUUUUGAAGUAAGGAUCUACUUUAGGAUGUAUUGAAUUUUGCAAGAAUUUUUGGCUAUGUGAAGAGCUGAAUUUUUUUUUGAAUAGCCUGGUUAAAGCAAGAAAAAAAUAUGAUGUGCAUUCUUUCAUUUGAUGAUGCAUAAUUUUGGUCUUGGACAGCUUGAUUGAGAGUACGUAUGUCCAAUAAUAAAAUUCAUCAAUUGAUAAUUUCAGAAAUUUGCUGUAUGCAGUAUAUGUUAAAGUAUUCAGGAUCAUUAUUUUAAAAGAUAAUUUCUUCUUAGCCUGAGUGGACAUUUGCAUUAAACUGAAAUGAAAAUGCUUUUUAUUUAUGAUGCUUCAGUUUUGGGUGCUAAUAAUAGCCAUUUAAGCUUAUGAUUGAAAGCUUUGUCUUUGUUAGGUAGAGUUACCUCAUUGGUAGCAUUCCCAGCUCCCACCAAGUGAACCAGAGUUUGUAUCUCGUAUGUGUGUCCCCAAGUGUUCUUUAUUAUGUUCUAAACUAAGUCAUUAAUGACCAUAAAAUUGAUAUAUUUACCGUUACAUGAUAAAAUGUCUUACCAUUUAUCUUUAAUUAACUAAAAUGUAUGCAUCAGAAGUGGGAGAAUAUAAUAAGUAAAUACAGUUAUGUCUUCAUAUAUUUUUUGGAGAAUGAUUAAAUGAUUAUAGAUGGCAAAUGGAAGAGAUAUAUUCCAGUUUUUAUGCAUCUUGCACUACAAUGACCAGGUUACAAGAUAAAAUGGAGCUGGUAGGUGUUGCUAGUUUCAGUAGGUUUUUUUUCUCAAAAUAUAUAUUUAUUAUUAUUAAUAAAGAAUGUAUAUUAUUUGCCAGUCUACUUAGUAUGACUGGAGUCUUUUUAUAUAAGUUAUUUCACUACCCAUGGGAACACGAUUCAUUUCAUCGUUAUAUUUUCAGUUGACAUAUGCUUUAGUUACGAUUGUAAUACUAGUUGCUCUGACCCUUUACUUUCCAGUUUUUUAAGGUGCCAAUUAUUUCCUUCUCCACAUAUGAAAUAUUGUGAUAAAAAUGUGAAAUAAGUCUUCAUUCAAAUGUAGGUUCAUAAAUCAUCAUUGCAUCUUCAUCAAUCAAGGUAUUCUAUGUCAUACUUUGAUAUUUUGUUAAAUUAUUCUUUAAUGAUACCUGUUUGUCAUUUGUCAAUACCUGGGAAAGCUUUUUUAGUGAUCUUCACCCAGUAGAGUAUUUUUGUAUCAAGUUUUUUAAGUUGUUGUGAUCAAAGUAUCUUGUUUGUGUCUUUAUGGUAAGCAAGAAAUUUAAGCUGUAAACAAUCAUUAGAAGUAUGCUGAUGUUGAUAUUGUCAUUGUUAAACCAUGUAUAUAGCCAGUUCUUUGAAUUUUUAUUAUGAAAAUAACUUUAGCAUCAAUAAUGUAUGGAUGCAAAUAUGUGGUAACAAUUAAGCAUUUCUAAAAUGAAAAUGAAAAGGCUGUGUUCGACAAUUAAUGUAUCUUUGCUGACACCCCGGGAUAUUCACCAAAAAAGUAAAAUUGAAGGGUAUCAAUUGUUCUCCCACCUUUGCUACAUUCAUGAAUAACGUAAUUCUCUCCUAAGACACCAGAAUUACAUUUGACCAUACUCAUUAGCAUUCAUAAUGCAGAUUCUAUAUUCUCAUACACAACUUCAAUAUGAUAAACAGAAUACUAGGUUGGUAGAUUGCUGAAUGUACUCUACAUCAUGUCUCAUGAAAAUACCAUGUCUUUCAGUUAGUGUUGGGAGAGCAGUUGUCAUAUUUCCCUUUAUCAUUUGAAAGUACUAAUUACAAAACCAAACUGGGCCUGGGCCCUUAGGUGCGUGCUUGCACCCUGUCUAUUGUCGAAUUCAGUCGUAAUAUUCUAUGCAGAUGUAGUUACACCAUAGUCCUUACUUGCCUUUCUAUUCCUUCAAAAGAAGCUCUGCCUCACAGUUGUGGUGAUAAAGCAAACAUUCCGUAACCAUAUGGAACAUGUCUACUGUCAACUCAACAUUGCAAGGAUAUUUUUCUGAGAUUUAAUGAUUACUAAUUACAUAUGUAAUAUAGUGACGAGGUUUAUCGGUGACUGACAUAAUUUUUUCUCGUAGUAAUUGUCAAAGUAGUAUGGCAUUUUGACAUAGAUUAUAUGUUGAGAAUCCUAAAUGAUUAGUGUUGCAAAUAUCUUCAUUACUGGAUCAUUGUAACAAAAAAGUGUAUAUGUCCUUCGAUUCUGUUGCUCAGUGUACAAGAAAAAUAACUUGAAUAUCCUCUACUCUGUUCUUGGGUAUUUUUAUUGCAUUACAUGAACACCUUCGAUUAAAAUGUGCAUCAUAAGAUUUUGGUCAUUUUUAUUUCAUAGCACAUUAGAAAGCUGCAAAAUGUUUUAGUACAUGUCUGAGGAUUCUAAGCCUCAUCUGUGCAUCUCUGUGAUUUUGUAAAGUGUUAGGCAUAACUUGCAACUGUUGUUUUUGUUACAUUUGUAUUACUUUGGUUACCUGCAGUUUAGCCCUCAGAAAGUUAACACAGUUUCCAAAAUAUGGUGGUACAGUAUGUGGAUUUGCCACACAAAAGGAUUGAAAUAAUACCACAGAAGCUUAAAGUUGACUUUAGCACAUGUUUAGUUUUAUGGAAGAUGUAGACAUGAACUCAUUUAUAAACCUUUGAAGGGGCUAAUGUUUGUAUCAUUAACUUUAUUAGCUCUCAUGUUUGAGAUCUCCAACAAAUGUUUCCUUAGUUCCCCUUCCUCUCUGAGACUGAGAUUGAUGAAUUGAUUUGUAUCAGUUUUUGUAAUUACAUUACUUUUAACUUAUAUAUUUUGGUUUUAUGACCUCGACAAAAACAAUUUGCUGUCACUUUAUUUCAUUUUUUAUUGGUGUGUAUCUGAAAUGAUGGGUAGGUUGCAAUGAGGAAGGGGUUGUCCUGGUAAAACUUUCUUUGAAUCAUGUUGAAUAACCACAAAUUUUUAUUUGGCUGUACUGUAUCAAGUAUCCAGAGUUUUAGUUUUAUAUUAAUUAGCCCAGACCACAAGUAAUAGUGCUCCAUUUCGUUUUCAGUAGCAAUCAUUGCUGUUGUUAAGGAUAGACUUUUGUUUCACUGAAAGGUUACGCCAUUAUGUAAAGCCAGCUGUGUAUAAUAAAUGUUGAUACAUCUCCUUCCCCAUACAUAUGAUCAGCUGUUUAUGAUGAAAUAUUUAGUGUUAUUAUCCAGUCCUGACCUGAAUAUCUUGAAAAUAUAAAUACAGUACAUUAUAUGUGUCUACACUAUAAGAAAUCAGGUUAAUACCUUGAAAAAGUUACACAUUACAUGGUUGCCCUGAAUUCAUCCUAUCCCAGUUCCACUUACGUGUUGAUCAAGAGAGUUUUUACUCAUUGUCAUUAGCUGAGAGAAAGCAAUUUUCUUAAUCAUUUUGAAUUACAUGUUAUUAUCAGUGAUUCAUAUUAAAAUAUGUAUAUACAUAUAUGUAGAUCAUGCAGAAAGAUGUUUGAAAUGAUGAUGAUGGGGAAUGUUCCUUCUUAAUUUGCUUUCUCUCUGUCAUUUGACUUCAGAUGAUCGUUAUCGAAGUGUGAAAAGUGUAGAGAGCAAUAAGAGAGUCAGUUUCAGUGGUUUUUUGGCUCAUCACCAUUCGGAAUAGGACUCAAGCCUUUAGCCUGACUUGGGACCAUUCAUUCAAUAAUUAAGUUCAACAUGACUGACAUCUCUUAAUUCUAUCUAAAUCUGGUCUAGGUUAGGCUUUUGGCUUAAAUUCCUAUUACAUAUUGUUUAGCCUUCUAAUACCAGUUAUGCUAAGAGAUAAUAAUAAUGCCUGUUCAAUUGGAGACCACUUGGUUGUGUAUUCUCAAUUGUUAUUUGUUGUCAGUGUGUAGAUUCCGGCAACAUACCACAUACUUCCCCUUAGUAGUGUUUUUGAGUUGAUGAACCAAUGAAAAGGCAUCAACAGCCACUUACACGUGUUCACACCCUUGGAAACAGUGGACUUUAAAAAGGGUUUCCAAGUUUCUGAUAAGUCAGUUUAAUGCCACAACCUGCAGCCAUGUUUAUAUUAUUCUUGUUCCUUUGUAUGGUAGCAAAAGACUUAAGUUUUUUGAAUGCUGAUAACAUUGUGGAACUCUUAGAGCUGUAGCAGUCUUUUUAAAGAUUUUUGGAAUGUUUAAAUUUUGGUGUAGGGCAUUACUCCACUUACAUUUAGAUAUAGGAAAAGAAAAGCCUUGUUCAAGAUCAAGGAAGUGACUUUGACUUCAGGUACUAUAACUUCACCAAAUAAGAAAACAGUAGGGAGGAAUCAAGAUCUCGCUGGAAAAAUCAGUCUUGCAGAGAGAUGUAAUUGAGCGUCAAAAGUUUAAGCUGAGGUUGUGAUGGAAGUUUACGGUUUUGCCAACAUGACUGUUUGAAAGUACAGCCACCAAAUACAAGUGCUGCAUUCAUA